AUGGGGAGACGACCCCUUGCGGUAAGCCGGAAGACACGCAGCAAAUCCACGCUUGGAGUCGCGAUUUUGACCGACCUUUGCGCGGUCCAUGGGUGGACCUUCAACCACAACUUCGGGAACCGCCGCAAUCGCCUGAUGGACUUGCCUGAUAGCGAUAUAUACAGCGCUGUGCACAGCGUGCUCAUGAAUGCCGAGGGCAAUGGGUUGAAGGAUAUCCUGGGCCAGGAAUUUAUCGGAAGCCUGUUGCAGCAGGAAACGGCAUCGGGGCCCGAAGAGUCGCCUGGAUACGUGGAAAGUACAAGCAAAGAGCACGAGCAUGGACCCAGAGUUUCUGGUCCAGUACUGGAUCGACCUUAUUCUGCAUCCUUGGCCGGUGCUUUGGACUACUGCAUUCGCAAAGGCCACUUUCAACGGCCUCCUCUACCGCAAAACGACGGCCUCACCAGCCUUCUGGUAGAAGACGACCAGGAAAUUGUGCGGUGGCAGGAGUGCGUGCAAAGAUGCGGAAGGCAGAGUUUGAUCUUUGCCUUUUCCUGCCUUGGGCGGCGCGGAAUUCGCCUGGCACUGGGGCAGCGGUGGACAGCAGGGAGCUGCGACAUGCUCCCGCCCUCUCGCAAGGAGCUCAUCCAAGCGUUCAGUGCUCUCAACAGAGACGAUGCCUCCGAGAGCGAGACCGACAGUGCCAGCCCUGGCAUGGCAGAAGUGGAGGACGAAGCCCAGGCGCUGAGGUCGCAGAUCAAGACGCUCGCUGAGCAGGGAAGGCACGCGGAGAUGGACGUGGCAAUUUCCAGAAUGAAACAGCUGACAAAGAUGAAGCGCUCCUCGGAAGCACACCGUGGCAUGGAGGGCUUCUGGGCUGGCGCAGCUUCCGGAAGCGACGCAGCGAAGAACCAGGCCGCAGAGACUGCUCUGCGCACAGUCCUGCAGGAAGCUGUCUGGGGCAAUCUUCAUCAAUUGCCGGGGGGCCUCCCCACCUUUGAGGUACGGGUCAAGCAAGGAUACGGAGCUCGUUGGACUGUCUCGGAAGACGGAUCAACCAAGUUUCGAGGUCUCUUGGAGCCCAUGAUGGAAGACGGGCACGAAAAGCGCUGGCGGCACGACCUAGCGAUGCCCAUUGAUGAUGUGGACUUUGAGAUGCUUGAGGAUGCUGCUGAGGUAGAGGGGGACUCUCCAACUGUGGCCGCAACUCGGAAGAGGACGGCCUCCAAUGGUGAGUCUGUAGCCCAGGCCGCCAACAUGGGAAACGAGCCAGCGUACGUGGUUCCGACAACGCCAUCGCCCUUCCUACAUUCGUCCUUUCCGCCACAGGUUCCCGACUUCAAUGGAUACGGCUAUGGAAUGCCGGAGAUGGGUCUCCCGCCAGCUUAUGACUGCGAGGAACAGGUCGACUACAAUGAGGUGCAGGUAGCAGCCAUGAACGCUGGAUUCAUGCAGGGUAUGCAGUUCCUGCCUCCGGAGAUGUUCAUGCCGUACUGGCAGCAGAUGGGCAUGGAUGGGCAAAUGCCCUGCAUGGACGGGCAAGCCAUGAUGCCACCGGAGCUGCAGGAGCAGCUGCAAAAGGCCGCACAGAUGCAGGAGUUUCAGCAGGAGCUUCGCACGAAGCAUCAAAAGCAGACUGCUCCAACUGCCGUGAAGGAGCAGCUGACCCAGAUGGAGGAGCUUGGGCCGGGGCCUGGGCCAGGGCCGGCGCAAGAGGAAGACGCCGCCGCCCCCGCGGCGGUCGCGGCGACUGCGAAAGUCGCCGCGCGUGAGGACGGGGCCGGCACCACGGCCGCGCGCGCCGCGCGAGCUCGACGUUCACUUCCCCGGCAGGAGGCAGCAGUGCCUGCGACCAACGGCGAGAACCACCGUCCCAGCAAUGACGAUGGUAAAUGGAAAGACUGGAAGGAUAACUCGUGGCAUGAAUGGCAGGCUGGGUUGAUUGUCAGCUCGGUAUGCAGCCCGUGCCAUCCCUCCACACUGGAUACGAAGGAGAGCUCGAGAAAGAACGAUUGGAAGGACUGGAAAGACUAUGCUUGGAAAGACAACGAUUGGAAAGACGAUUGGCGGCAAAGGGAAGAUGACACAUACUGGAAGGAGGCGUCCGAUACUGGAAGCCGCCGAGGCAGCAAAGGUAAAAGCAAGGGCAAGGAGCAGAGGGGAUGGGAGGAAGAGAGGAGCAGCACAAAGGCUGGCACCUGGAAGGAGGAGCCCAGACAAGGUGCCGACCCCGCCACGAAAGAGAAGAAAAUCCCUCCGAUUCCUUAUGAGCGCCCAGAAGGAAAUGAGCCGUACACGACGGUCAUGCUCCGAAACAUCCCGAACAAGUACACCAGAGAGAUGCUCAUCAAGCAGCUCAGCUUGGAAUUCAACGGCGAGUUUGACUUCAUGUACCUCCCCAUAGAUUUCAAGAACAAGUGCAACGUGGGAUACGGGUUCAUCAACUUCCGCACACAGGACUCAUGCGAGAGGUUCAUCGGCUUGUUUCACGGAGUGGACGUUCGGAAGUGCUUGCCGGGCCUGAACUCUAAGAAGGUCGUGGAGGUCACGCCCGCUCGUGUGCAGGGGCUCUCUGAAAACGUUCGGCGAUUGCGGAAUAGCCCUGUCAUGAACCAGCUGCAGGAUCAUCCAGAAUGGAUGCCGCUGCUCUUCGACGAGAACGGUGUAGACGAGCCCUUUCCUCUUCCGGACCAGCCACUUCCGCCGGUGAAGCCUCGGGGACGAAAUCGUGAGGGUCAACGCAAGGAAGGGGCGGAUGUGUGUCCGAGAGAGAUCUUUGCUGGUGCGGAGCUGAAAAUGCCACUGCAAAGUGGCAGUGCAUGUCAGUCAACAGCUGGAAACGCAUUCAUAGUAAGCUUGCGUAACCCUUCGGGAGCGAUCCUGCUUUCGAUUGCACACGUGUCUAAUCCCGUGUACAUGAAUGGUGUGGGGCAUGCCAUCAGCCUGGAUGAGGAGGAAAGUCGCAGAUUGUCUGGCAUGGCCAACGACACUUUGAGGGAUGCUCUGGGCCACUUGGAAGGGUUCAACAGUGGGCAGCAUGGCUGGACAAAUCUUGGCUGUAACGGCGAUGUCAAGCUUUUUUCGCAGAACGUUGGGGCGAGCCUGCCUAUGUUUCUGGGACAGCUGACGGCAAGCUCAGCAUGUAGCGUGGCCGACUUGACAGCUGUCAUCCUGUCGGAUGCAUGCAGACGGUUCUGGGACCCGAGUUAUUUUACCAGUCAUGUGCUUUGUACUUGUGGCGACAGCAGGUCAGCUGUUUUAUGCACAGAGCAGAAGGGAUCACCUGUCAGUGCAGAGGCGCUCUGGACAAACGUUUGCACCGCGCGGCAUGUUCGAAAAGAGCAGGGUGAGCGCAUCACAUACGCUGCUACAUCAGUUCCCACUGAUUUCCGGAACGAACAUCGAAGGACCUUGUCCACAUGGGGUGUUGACAAGAAAGAGUUGAUAACCAAGAUUUGGGCGAUGGAUGUGCUGCGCACAAACGACCAGGUACGGAAUGCGGCGGUCUACGAGUUGGUCUCCGCAGAACACUCGAAGUAUAUGUACCCGAUCAGUGACGACUCCAAGAUGAUAG